AUGACUAGACUGACCAGACAAACUUUACCAGAUAAAGGUCAAAAGGUCGUGAAAAGGAACAAAGAUCUACCCACGUGCGCCGUGGAUAAGUUUUUAACUCUACCAUCACUGGAAUUUUUCUGCACAGAAGCCUCUAAGAAGAGCUUUGCAGCUAAUAUGUUUCAUCUGAGAGUUACUUUGAGGGUCUGCUCCAGAUGGUCAUCACGAUGCUAUAGUAAUGGAGCUGCUGACAAGUUUCCAGCAAUAAAAACUCCACUGCUGCCUCCCAAUUUCAUGGCUGGGAGGAGUGCUUUCAUCACUGGAGGUGGCACCGGGUUGGGCAGGGGGAUCACAGAGGUGCUGUCUGCACUGGGGGCCACUGUGGUGAUUUCAAGCAGGAAGCUUGAUGUACUGGAGAAAACGGCAGCAGAAAUAACACAAUGCACUGGAAAUAAAGUUCAUGCAGUAGCCUGUGAUGUGAGGGACCCAGAAGCCAUUGCUCGAGUGGCGGACCAGUGUGUGGAGCUGUGUGGUGGACUACCCUCCAUGAUUGUCAAUAAUGCAGCCGGUAACUUCAUCUCUCCAACGGAGAGGCUCUCCUCUAAUGCUUGGAGGACUAUUGUCGACAUUGUGCUCAACGGAACUGCCUAUGUUACUUUGGAAUUUGGGAAAAGGCUCAUUGCCGCAAAGCAAGGUGCCAGUGUUGUAUCCAUAACGACGACGUACGCCCAGAGUGGGUCCGGGUUUGUGGUGCCCAGUGCAGCGGCUAAGUCUGGUGUGGAGGCCAUCACUAAAUCCCUCGCUGUCGAGUGGGGGAGGUACGGACUCAGGUUUAAUGCCAUUGCUCCUGGACCCAUUGAAACCAAGGGUGCCUUCAGUCGUUUGGACCCCACUGGUCAGUUCCGGGAAAGUAUGUUAGACUCCUUACCUGUGGGUAGACUAGGGGAAGUAGAGGAACACGCCAACCUGGCCGCUUACCUCCUCAGUGACUAUGCCAGCUGGAUCAACGGGGCUAUCAUCAACUUCGACGGUGGGCAGCUGCCUUCUAACGCUGGGAUGUUCAAUGAGUUGAAACGGGUAACUCCAGAGCAGUGGGACAUGAUGGAGAAGAUGAUUAAAAGCACAAAAGGCUCUUAAUAAAUCAGAAGCUAUAGUUAUAGGAACAUUUAAAGCCAUAUCCCUUUUAAUAAUUAUAUAUAUACCAAUUAUGCUGUAGUUUGAGGUUACAAUUAAAGACGGGUAGUAAUUUUAGCGGUUUUCUCUGUUUGGGUACUAAAUAAUUGACCAUGUUACAAUGAUGAUUUGAAGGGGGAAAA